UACAUUUGCUCAUUCUGUGCCCGUGCAUUUUCAAGAUCUGAGCAUAGGGCCCGCCAUGAACGUUCCCACACAAAGGAAAAACCAUUUGGCUGUGAUCAGUGCGACUCUGCCUUUGUGCGGAGGGACUUAUUGCAGAGACACACAAGAACUGUGCAUGCA